CAUGAUUGUGACAUCAUCGCAGGUCCUGAAAGCACACGGCUCCUGUACAGCUCUGCAGUUGGAGGUUCCUAUAAGGUGUCAGGACGUGGCGGUCUAUUUCUCCAUGGAGGAGUGGGAGUAUGUAGAAGGACACAAGGAUCAGUACAAGGAUCAGGUCAUGAUGGAGGAUCAGCAGCCCCUCACAUCACCAGUCAGAUCCAGUAAGAGAACAGCACCAGAGAGGUGUCCCCGUCCUCUUCUUCCACAGGAUGAUCAGGGUGAAGAUCUGAACAAUAUUAAUGCUACAGAGACAGAUGUGAGCGGUGAUGAGCAGUAUAAGGAGCACAUUUCUACAGGGAAAGAUCUGAUCUAUAUUAAUGCUACAGACAUAAAGGAAGAAGAAGAGACAGAUGUGAGCAGUGAUGAGCAGUAUAAGGAGGACAUAACAAAAGAGAAAUAUUUGAUAUAUAUUAAUACUGCAGACAUAAAGGGAGAGCAAGAGACAGAUAUGAGUGGUGAUGAGCAGUAUAAGGAGGACAUUCCUACAGGGAAAUAUCUGAUCUAUAGUAAUGCUCCAGAGACAGGUAUGAGCUGUAAUAAGCAGUAUAAGGAGGACAUUCCUGCAGAAAAAAUUAUGAUAUAUAUUAAUACUGCAGACAUAAAGGGAGAACAAGGGACAGAUAUGAGCGGUGAUGAGCAGUAUAAGGAGGACAUUCCUUCAGGGAAACAUCUGAUCUAUAUUAAUGCUACAGACAUAAAGGAAGAAAAGACAGAUGUGAGCAGUCAUAAGCAGUAUAAGGAGGACAUUCCUACAGAAAAAGAUCUGAUCUAUAUUAAUAGUACAGACAUAAAGGAAGAACAAGAGACAGAUAUGAGCGGUGAUGAGCAGUAUAAGGAGGACAUUCCUACAGGGAAAGAUCUGAUCUAUAUUAAUGCUACAGACAUAAAUGGAGAACAAGAGACAGAUAUGAGCGGUGAUGAGCAGUAUAAGGAGGACAUUCCUACAGGGAAAGAUUUGAUCUAUAUUAAUGCCGCAGAUAUAAAGGAAGAAGAAGAGACAGAUGUAAGCAGUGUUGAGCAGUAUAAGGAGGGCAUUUCUACAGGGAAAUAUCUGACCUAUAUUAAUGCUACAGAUAUAAAGAAAGAAAAAGAAGAGACAGAUGUAAGCGGUAAUGAGCAGUAUAAGGAGAACAGUUCUGUAGGGAAAGAUCUGAUCUAUAUUAAUGCCAUAGACAUAAAGGAAGAAGAAGAGACAGAUGUGAGCAGUUAUGAGAAGUAUAAGGAGGAAAUUCCUACUGGUAACCGCCCAGAUUCUUGUACCAGGAGAUCAGAGGAGAAUCUUAUAUCUUCAGAUUAUAAAGCAGAUGAUGAUAUCACACAAGAUACAUAUGAAGAACAUUCCAUUAUCCCAAAUACACCCUCAGCCCUUCACAGCCAAGAUCUGUCAUCUCAUCCUUAUAUACAGGUCCUGUCUUCUCAUUCAUCACAGGAUGUUCAGCAAAAUAAAGGUCAUAGAAGGGGUGUUGGACAUCAACAAGCUCAUACAGGAAAGAAACCAUAUUUAUGCUCAGAAUGUGGGAAAUGUUUUACUUUUAAAUCGGGUCUUGUUGUACAUCAGAGAACUCACAAAGGAGAGAAGCCGUUUUCAUGUUCAGAAUGUGGGAAAUGUUUUACUCAGCAAUCACAUCUUGUUAGACAUCAAAGAACUCACACAGGGGAAAAGCCAUUUUCAUGCUCAGAAUGUAGAAAAUGUUUUACUCAGCAAUCACAUCUUGUUACACAUCAAAGAAUUCACACAGGGGAGAAGCCAUUUUCAUGUGCAGAAUGUGGGAAAUGUUAUACUGAGAAGUCAAGUCUUGUUCAACAUCAAAGAACUCACACAGGGGAGAAACCAUUUUCAUGUUCAGAAUGUGGAAAAUGUUUUACUGACAAAUCAAAGCUUGUUAAACAUAAACGAACUCACACAGGGGAGAAACCAUAUUCAUGUUCAGAAUGUGGGAAAUGUUUUUCUGACAUAUCAAAUUUUGUUGUACAUAAAAAAACUCACACAGAGGAGAAGCCAUUUUGCUGUGCAGAGUGUGGGAAAUGUUUUAUUGUGAAAUCAAAUCUUGUUCAACAUCAAAGAACUCACAGAGGGGUGAAGCCAUUUAAAUGCCUUCCGGACCCUUUUGAUCUCUUUUAUGACCGUUGUGGUGUGUACAUGAAAAGGAGGAAGGAUCAGCGCUCAGGCCGAGGCUUCCCUGUCUCUUCUACAGCCUUCAGAAUCUUAUUUUUCAAGUGCUCACUCCAUCUCGAGUUACUGGCCGACCAGUUCCCGUCCGAAGGAGCCAAGGUGGCCUUCAUACUCAGCUUGCUUUCCGGGAAGGCCCUGGCCUGGGCUACACCUUUAUGGGAUCGCUUGGACCCAGCCACUACCUCCGUCCAGAGCUUCUGUCAAGAGUUCCGGAUUGUUUUGGAGGAACCUGCCCGGGUUACCUCCGCAGAAUCUGCUUUGCUAAACCUGACCCAAGGAGGCUCUACCGUGGGUGAAUACGCCAUCCGAUUCUGUACCCUUGCCUCCGAGUUGAAUUGGAACAAUGAUGCCCUUUGUGCCACUUUCAAGAAGGGACUAAGUAGUGAAGUUAAAGACGUCCUAGCUGCAUGGGAGAUACCAUCUACCCUCAGUGACUUUACUCUACUGGACACUUGGAUCGACAAGCGUUUCGCCGAGAGACAAGAGGAACUCCUUCAGGAGAAAGAGAGAGCUCGUCAAAGACGCUAUCCUCGUCUGGCUCCCGUUUUUCAGCGUCCACCACAACCCGUCUCUGGGCCUCCCGCCGUGGAAGCCAUGCAGGUGGACCUGUCUCAGCCGGACCCCGCAGGAACGAAGCUGUCGCAGAGACGAGAAUUUGUGUCUUCUACCUUCACUGCCACCGCCUUCUUGGAUUCUGAAUCUGCUGGCAAUUUCAUCCAUGCCUCCUUGAUUGACAAGUAUCAAAUCCCUGUGGUCUUUUUGCCCAAGCCAUUUGUCAUUUCUACAGUCAACGGGGAGAGACUUUCCGCCACUGUGCAGUACCGCACUUUGCCAUUACAGAUGGGCAUCGGGUUUUUGAAUACUGAAACGUUGGAGUUCUUGGUCCUUCCUUUCUGCUCCUCUGAACUCCUCUUGGGUCUGCCAUGUCUUCUGCGCCACUCUCCCAUCCUGGAUUGGUCCUCCGGAGAGAUCCUGAGAAAGAAUCGCCUGUAUGCUAAGAUCGAGAAGUGUCUGUUCGAGCAGUCCAGUCUGCCCUUCCUAGGAUACAUCAUUUCAGCCCAUGGUUUACAGAUGGACCCACCCAAGCUCUCUGUGCCAUUUUCCCUGGAAGUCGAUGCCUCCUCCGUAGGCGCCGGAGCGAUACUCACCCAGAAGUCGCCCAGGGGCAAGACACUUUCUUGCGGCUUCUACUCCAAGACCUUCACUCGCGCCGAGAGAAACUAUUCUAUUGGUGAUAGGGAACUAUUGGCCAUAAAAUUGGCACUCGAGGAGUGGAGGCAUCUUCUCGAGGGAUCCAUCCACCCUGUGAGUAUUUUCACGGACCACAAGAACCUUGCCUAUCUCCAAUCUGCACAAAGGCUGAAUCCACGUCAAACUCGCUGGUCCUUGUUCUUUGCUCGCUUUAAUUUUGUGAUUCAUUUUCGGCCAGCGAGCAAGAACAUAAGGGCUGAUGCCCUUUCCCGCUCUUCCGACGUGCUGGGUGACGAGAUAACACCUCAGCAUAUAAUUCCGCCUGAGCGCCUAAUUGCCGUUGCUCCAGUGGAACUGCGCUCUCUCCCUCCAGGCAAGUCCUAUGUGCAUCCACGUCAGCGUCUACGAGUCCUCAAGAAGGGCCAUGCCUCUUUAUUCGCAGGUCAUCCUGGGGUACAGAAGACUCUUCUGCUCAUCUCCCAAAGAUACUGGUGGCCUACUAUGGAGAAAGAUGUCUCGGACUACGUCCAAGCUUGCAUGAUUUGUGCUCGGGACAAGUCACCUUGCCAGAAGCCAGCUGGUCUCCUCUUGCCCCUCCCUAUUCCUGAGGUCCCGUGGUCUCACAUCGCCAUGGACUUUGUUAAAGAUCUACCCUCCUCCCAUGGAAUGACGGUCAUUUGGGUCGUAGUAGAUCGCUUCUCGAAGAUGGCCCACUUUGUACCUCUGCCUGGUCUUCCAUCUGCACCAGUGUUAGAAAAACAGUUUUUUCAGCAUAUUUUUCGCCUCCAUGGUCUUCCCAAGCACAUUGUCUCAGACCGUGGGGUACAAUUUGUCUCCAAAUUUUGGAGGGCUCUAUGUGGUCAGCUCGGGGUCAAGUUGGACUUCUCAUCUUCCCAUCAUCCUCAGUCUAAUGGCCAGGUGGAACGGGUCAAUCAAAUUUUGGGAGACUAUUUACGCCACUUCGUGUCCUCACGCCACAAUGACUGGUCUGAUCUGCUUCCCUGGGCAGAAUUUUCUUAUAAUUACAAAAACUCCUCUGCCUCUAACAAGUCUCCAUUUUUUGUAGUUUUUGGUCGCCAUCCUCUUCCACCGCUGCCGCUGACUUCCUCUUCUCCCGUACCUGCUGUUGACGACCUUGUCCGGGAUUUCUCAUCUAUCUGGACAUCAUUGUUUGUGUCCCAUGCAUCAAUCUGCCUUCAUGAGUAUGCAGAGAGGGAGGUUCGCAAGCCUCUAGCCAUCAGCCCUCGUUGGCUGAGACAUUUCAUCUCCCUGUCCGUUCUCCCUCUGCGGCAGAGCAGCUCAUGUCCAUGUAACGGGACGAGAACUGUGGCCAAGAAUUCAAUUGAGUUUUGUAUUCUAGCAGCAGAAGUGUGCUGGGAUAAGGAAGCGCUGGUGGACACGUUCUCUCGUGGACUAUCUGAUAUUAUACAAGAUAAGAUUGUGGUCAGAGAUCUCAAGGAGCUUUUGUCUUUCACCUUCUUAAUUGACAAGGAUGAGAUCAUCACAUAUCAGAUUCUGAAAUGUAACCCCUUCCCGCAAAUGCACGUGUAUUUACAUCCAUUGCGGACCCCGCUGUAUGAAGCUAUCAGCAACCUGAACCCAUGGCUAAUGAUGUUAAAGAAAAAAAAGGUCAUACAUAUAAGGAAUGAUGGACAUCAAAAAGAUCGUACAGGAAAGAAACCAUAUUCAUGCUCAGAAUGUGGGAAAUGUUUUGCUCAGAAAUCAACUCUUCUUGAGCAUCAAAGAACUCACACAGGAGAGAAGCUGCUUUCAUGCUCAGAAUGUGAGAAAUGUUUUACUAAGAAAUCACAUCUUGUUCAACAUAAAAGAACUCACACAGGGGAGAAGCCAUUUUCAUGUUCAGAAUGUGGAAAAUGUUUUACUGAAAAAUCAAGUGUUCUUAGACAUCAAAGAACUCACACAGGAGAGAAGCCAUUUUUAUGUUCAGAAUGUGGAAAAUGUUUUACUGAGAAAUCAAUUCUUGUUCAACAUCAAAGAAGUCACACAGGAGAGAAGCCGUUUUCAUGCUCAGAAUGCUUGAAAUGUUUUACUAAGAAAUCAAAUCUUGUUAAACAUAAAAGAGCUCACACAGGGGAGAAGCCAUUUUCAUGUUCAGAAUGUGGGAAAUGUUUUGCUCGGAAAUCAACUCUUCUUGAGCAUCAAAGAACUCACACAGGAGAGAAGCUGUUUUCAUGCUCAGAAUGCGGGAAAUGUUUUAUUAAGAAAUCACAUCUUGUUCAACAUAAAAGAACUCACACAGGGGAGAAGCCAUUUUCAUGUUCAGAAUGUGGAAAAUGUUUUACUGAAAAAUCAAGUGUUCUUAGACAUCAAAGAACUCACACAGGAGAGAAGCCAUUUUUAUGUUCAGAAUGUGGAAAAUGUUUUACUGAGAAAUCAAUUCUUGCUCAACAUCAAAGAAGUCACACAGGAGAGAAGCUGUUUUAUGCUCAGAAUGCUUGAAAUGUUUUAUUAAGAAAUCACAUCUUGUUCAACAUAAAAGAACUCACACAGGGGGAAGGCCAUUUUCAUGUUCAGAAUGUGGAAAAUAUUUUACUGAAAAAUCAAGUCUUGUUAAACAUCAAAGAACUGACACACUGGAGAAGCCAUUUUUAUGUUCAGAAUGUGGGAAAUGUUUUACUUGGAAAUCAACUCUUCUUCAGCAUCAAAGAACUCACACAUGAGAGAAGCUGCUUUCAUGCUCAAAAAGCGGGAAAUCCCCAUAGCAAACAUAUGCUGCUCUGGACAGUUCCUAAAAUACAGAAAUGUCAGCAGAGAGCUCUGUGUUCCAAAAAGUAAAGAAUUUUCCCUGUAGUAUUCAGCAGCUAA